AUGAAGUGGGUCAAGUAUUUGCCAGAAGUAAUAGAUUAUCUUAAUAAUUAUCCGACACGUCUCAUUCGAGCUCCAGGUUCAUCAAAAUGGGGUUUAGCUCCAGCAAAAGCUAUUAAACUGGAACGAGUAGAAUCUAGGCCAUCUACAAAGUAUAAGCGCCCUGUUGGGAAAAAUGAGGAGAAUAAGUUAAAGAAGGGUGAUACAGUUCGUUACCUGCUUGCUAAUGCGGAGUGGGAAGGAGUAACGAAAAAUGAACCAGUUUUAUAUUAUCUCGGAGAUGAUGACGAUGAAUAUGCUCCAAAGCGUGGAUUUGUGAGAGAGGAACUCUUAUAUGUGAAUAUCGAUACGCUUCAGUAUCCACCCCAGAGUAUAUUGGAAGAAAACACUCGUUCCAGAUCUAUUAAUUUCGUUCGUAUUACUAAUAAAAUGUCUAAAGCCAUUGCAUAUGCUGAGAGGCGUGGCGGAGAAUGUCUUGGUAAAACUGGCCAAAUAAAUGGUUUCGAUGUAUAUCUUUGGUCAUGUGAAAAUGGACUCCAUCAAUGGGAAGCACCUUAUAAAAUCCAGAAGAAUAAAUUCGAAUGGGUAACUAAACAAUUGGAAAAAGGAAUGCAGGUGCGGAUUAAUACUUUAUUACUUGAUAAGUUUGCACUAAUUUUUAAACUUCGGAGGUGCCAAAGUCAUGGUAGAGAAUUGCAACAAAAAUAUGAUAUGCGUGGACAAUUGUGGCAUAAUGCAAGCCUAGUAUGGGAGGAUCAGUCUAAACUCAAACGUAUUCUUGAAAUUAUUUAUAAAGUAUCCACCCACCGGUUAAAACAAGAAUUACAAAGGUGUCAUAAUCAUGGAGCUAUGUUGGAAUAUUGGCAUGAUAGACGUUUACCAGUAUUAAAAUUAAUACAACCCGCUCUUGCAAGCUUUCCACCCUAUAUUGGUCAAGAACCACCUGAUGAUUAUUUGGAUAAGGUUGUACAAUCAUGGGCAUUUGCUGAGGGACAUAUGACAGUUCUUGAAAAUGCACAUGCAGGAGAUUUCGAUGAUGCAGUUAAGUUCUCAGCUAUUAAUAUAUCACCUACAAUUCCUCAAACUCCAGCCGUUAAUGUACAAAAUAAAUCACAUUCCGAUAGUAGUGGUAUAUCUCAAGCUGAAAUAGAUAGUAUGAUAAAAUCACAAUUAGCUUUGGUACCCACCACUUCCCUUCAGCCUACACAAUCCCAGAAAACACAAGUUCUACAGUCUCGGCAAAAACAAUCUGAUCAUAUUGAUUACCCUAGAGUACCAGAUAAAUAUAUGCCAGAAAGACCACCAGACGGGUAUGGUGUAUAUUCUGAAAAAUUUAUUCAUGCGAAUCUUAUAAACCCAACUCCUACAUCUAAUCAGGUUAUAGAAUCUGUAGCGAAAGAUGUUUACGAAAAAGUAAUGGAUAAAAUUUCCUCUUUUCUACCCAAGAAGAAAAAUAAUACUCCUAAUAAUGAUGAUAUGGAUGAAAUUACUAAGGGUAUGUCAGAAUUAUCAAUAAAUAAGGCUAUAGCCAAAGGUAUAUCACAGGGAAUAAAAGCGGUACAUGAUGAUAAUGUAUCAUCUCAGCAUAGAUGUUCGAAUUGUUAUAGUCUUGGACAUAAUUCUCGCAAGUGUCCAUAUCCUCGAAAAAGGAACAGAAAAAAUAGAAAGAGUAGAUCCAAAAAGAGAGGCAGUGUUAAUAAGGUUGCUGUAGAUUCAGGUUCAGAUACAAACUCUUCCGAUUAUGAUUCUUCAGAUAAUAACUCCGAUUCUGGGGAUUCCUCGUCUGAAGUUGAAUCUGAUCAUAAUCAUAAAUUAAUAAGAGAGUGGGUCAAGUAUUUGCCAGAAGUUAUCGAUUACCUAAAUAAUUAUCCAACACGUCUUAUUAGAGCUCCUGGAUCCUCGAAGUGGGGGUUGGCACCAAUAAAAGCCAUCAAAUUAGAAAAGGUUGAAUCUCGGCCAUCCACAAAAUAUAAACGUCCUGUUGGGAAAAAUGAGGAGAAUAAGUUAAAGAAGGGUGAUACAGUUCGUUACCUGCUUGCUAAUGCGGAGUGGGAAGGAGGUAUGGAGAAUCAGAAAAGAGCCACGGAUCCGGUAUGGAGUCCAACUUUAUUUAAAAUUCGAAAAAUUGUUGUAACGAAGAAUGAACCAAUUUUAUAUUAUUUAGAAGGUGAUGAUGAAUAUGCUCCAAAGCGUGGAUUUGUGAAAGAGGAACUCAUGCACAUAGAUCUAGAAAAACUUCAGUAUCCGCCCCAGAGUAUAUUGGAAGAAAACACUCGUUCCAGAUCUAUUAAUUUCGUUCUUAACAUUGCCCGACGAUAUACAAAAAAAUGGCGCGAUGUUGUUGAUAUCCUUGAUAAAAAUUUACAAGGUAGAGAAUUUAUUGUUAUCGAUUUAACUAGAGCAAAAGAAGACGCUUUAUAUCUUCGCAAGGGAUGGGACCAGCCCCUUGAUCUUUCUAUCUAA